UCGUAAACAUGACCGGCUGCGGGUUACAUCACGAGGUUUUCACGGCAAACUUGAAAAACGAUGAAAUCAUCGGCCACCAAGUGGUCGUGAUUCGCGGAACGGUUACCGGCGGUAUUUGCGAUGCGGGACGCGGAGAAGUGCUGGACACAGAGACAGGUAUACGGCGAGAUUUUCAGCUGACAAAGGGGAACGUGUUCAAAGUGCUAUGGAGUCUGAGGGCCGGGACUAAUCGAAUACGGAUCAAUUACUGCACAGCGACCGUGAAUUUCAAUUUAAUUUACCACGAGACUGCAAAUCAAUACCGCGUCCAACCGCUCUACAUUGUUUGCCAAGGCCACGACGGCCAUUUCAACGAGGAAUCAGGUAAAAGUAACAGUCCCGAGGAGGCUUGCAAAAAGAUUGUUUUGGGGCUGAAACUGGUCCAGUGUCUGUACGCCGAGAAACUCCUUGAGCACGACCAAAGUCGCAAGACCUUUACACUCAUCGAAAACUGCCAUAUCUUCCGAAGUAAAUUAAGUGCCGAGGCUGCCAAGAAGUUAGACGAAAACGCACUGUGGAAUGAGUUUGCCCGUGAACUCCUCAACUCUGAGUUCGGUGAGGACGAGAAGUUGAAAUUCGUGGCCUUCAUUGGGUGCACCGAAUACGAGGAGAUCGCAGACGGGGACUAUUCCUACGAGAAUAUUAAAAGACACACGAAAGCGCAGGCCAACUUGGGAGGAGGCGGAUUGGCUCUGUUCGGAUCUGGGUACCUUUACUGCUGGCCCAGCGAGUUCGACGAUAUUCUUCCUUAUUUCGAGAACUCCAAGCGAAUCGACUUGAAGAACUUCUUAGACGACAGCAACUACAGAAGAACUUACGGCGGAUGUUACGCGACCACAAUCGGUGCAGUCUGCCACGAACUAGGUCACAUUUUCGAUUUGGGUCACACCGAGGAAGGGAUUAUGGGCAAUGGCUUCGACUACGUCAAUUUAGUUUUCACCAGUAAGCACUUAACCGAAGAUCUUCCGAACAGAAUCAUCGACAGCACAAACCAAAAGGAUCGAAGGCUAACCGCUAUCAAACGACCAGGAAAAUUCCUUCAAAAAUAUCACGAGCAGAAAACCGGCGACUCGACCUUUUUCACUCGAAACUGUGCCAUAAUCUUGUCCCUUCAUCGUUGGAUAAACCCCGAAAACUCACUAUACUCCGAGACUGAUACUAUCGAACUUAGCGAAUACCCACUUUCCGUUAGUUGCACGUCAUCUCACCUGCGUCUGAUUGAAAUUCGCGACAAACAAAGUAACCUUGUCGUUGACUAUCAAGAGCUUGGCGUGUCAUCAGCCGCGGCCGGUGAACUUCGUUCCGUAAACCUAUCCAACCGGCUGGAUCCCAGUCGGCAUAGUUUAUUCGUGAUAACAUCGAACGGAUCAAGCAAGUUUUUCGCCUAGUCCAAACUGGGCUGAUAGUGGGAGGUCGGUAGUAGA